AUGCAGACGCUACAACCAGCCCUGCGAUUGCUAUGUGUUAAUUGUAACAUACGCAUUGAAAAACUUCGCCGGCAUCUCGUCUUUGAGCUUGAUACGAGAGUAAUUUCUAAGAUCUGCGAGUGGAAUCCUUCAAUAGUAAUCACUGAAGAACAUUAUAUAUGUGAUGUCUGUAAAGAAUCGGCAAUACAGCAUGUCAACUCCGGAUUAGCUAAUGAACCUGGUGAAUCAUCUUCCCGUGGCCACAUGCAUGCUUGCUUAGUUUGUGGAAGUUCUCUGCGGAACCGUAAAUGUGACCUUAUUGUGAGAGAGAAUCCAUCACAGUUGCAACAAGCAAUAUAUAUUGAACUUGAAAAUAGAAUUGCCCCACGGCAGGCAACUUCAUUGGACCAUGUUUGUCAUCCCUGUUGGCUGAGACUCAAGAGAGUUGCAACUCGUAAUAUGCAGCAAAAUAUUCAGCUGCAGGCAGAGCCAGAGCCGGAGCCAGAACCGGAGCUGGAGACAGAACUGGAGCUAGAGCCAGAACCAGAGCCAGAGCCUCAACCCCAAGACCAGCAAGCUGUCGAAGUACCUGGGAUGAUUACUUUAUUGCAGUAUAGACGAGCGCCUAAUACUGCAUCACAUUGUGUUUUUUAUAAUUGCCAAAACAGAGAUUUGCAUAGGUUUCUGACCCACUAA